UCAUAACUAUUAGACCAGUAGUUAACAGUAGUUAACUAGUCCAAUUGUCAUGUCCUUUAAAAUAACAAAUGCAUUACAUACAUUUUUAAAUUGAAAAUAAUUUUAAAAUUGUUUUUUCAGCUCCACCUUAUUGUGGAUUUGCGGUACUGGACACGUGACGUCACCCAAGCCCGAAUGAGAGACACCAAGCUGUCCUCCAGUAGGCCCACAACCUGCAGGGGGAACCAUGACGGACCAGUGCAAAGAGGAUUGUGCAGUGGUCAAAGGCAGAGACCUCAACGACCCGAUGCUUAAACUGGCUCUAGGGACGUGGAAUGUCACCUCGCUGGGGGGGAAUGAGUCUGAGCUUGUUUGGGAGGUUGAGAGAUAUCGGCUAGAAAUAGUCGGGCUCACCUCCACGCACAGCUUGGGCUCUGGAACGCAGCUCCUUGUCUUGUGAUGGGUGAGAGGGUUCCUGCACCUUCGCGUCAGAGAAAGGUCUCUGACUGUUGUUUCGGCUUAAGGGCCAAGCGGCGGUGCGGAGUACCCAUCCCCCUUCUUGGCAUCCCUGUCGGGGGUGCUGGACGGUGCUCCUCUCAGGGACUCCGUCAUUCUGUUGGGGGACUUCAACGCCCAUGUAGGAAACAACAGCGACACCUGGAGGGGUUUGAUUGGGAGGAAUGGCCUCCGCAAUUUGAACCUGGGUAGUGUUUUAUUACUGGAUCUGUGCUAAUCACAGAUUGUCCAUAACAAACAACAUGUUCAAGCAUGAGGGUGUUCAUCAGUGCACUUGGCACCAGGACUCCCUAGGCCGGAGGUUGGUGGUUGAAUUUUUUUAGUCAGGUCUUCAGACCUUCGAUCGCAUGAGGGGCUGAGCUGUCCACCGAUCACCACCUGGUGAAAUGCAGGCCUCCAUCACCUAGUGGCUUGUGGGACUCCUUAGAUAGCUGACGUGUACCAUGAGGACAAGCAUGCCACAGCCCGCAAAACUCCUGAGAAGAGUUCGGUAUGGAGAAAGAGAGGGAAGCAGUGCUUCACCAACACUGUUUACAAUGGAGGUGGGGAGCGGCUGACCCUCGACGGGGGAUAUUAUAGCGUUGUGGAAGCAGCAGUUCAAGGGUCUCCUCAAUCCUGCUCUGGUGGAAGCAGAGACUGGGGACCCAGAGUUGGACUUGUUUGGUGACUUCAGCCUGGGUGUCCUGUUUUAGCAGCAAAACAGAGACCAACACACCAUAUGGAGGGUGAUAAUAAUGAUACUCCGGACCUGUGUAAAUAUUACAACAAAAACCUCUUGGUUGGUCCUGAUUGGCCAGGAUACUGAACUGGGCGUAGUCUUCUCUGCUGUCUUGUGUGAGCUGGUAAAAAUAGGACUCGUCCCCUGACCGUCCUACAGACAGAGGGAUAACUUAGGCUGUAUUCCAGCCUCCUGAUCAUAGGCGCCAACACAGGUCAACCCUUGAGGUAAACAUCACCGUCACGCUGCCAGCAUGGAAAUGUCCUGUCCGCUGAAGAAACUCCAAAUCACACUUUUAAUCACACCUCUAGGCCAACUUUAUUAAACUUCCCUGUUUAUUUCUUGCAAGUGUGCUGUCAAUGGCUGGCCUGGGCUCCAUGGCCCACUCAGCCGGACUUGUGGAGAUUGCAGUGCGGCUGUGCUUGAACCAGCGUGCACAGUUGUGUCCUCAUGUGUGGGUUCCCAUCCUGAAGCCUCAGCGGCCAUGCAUCCGCCCCCCAGCAACAGAUCAGCUGCCCGUCGACGUCACGGGCCAUCUGAGCCACCUCUUCUCGCCUUUCUUAAGUGAUCUGGAUGAUGAUGAUGACGAUGUUUUGAUCCCGAUCAAGAAAAAGCAUGUGGUAUUUGCAGACUCGCUGGGUUUCUCCCUGACGGCUGUGCGUGUGUUUUCCCAAGAGGAGGAUCAGCGUGACCUCGGCCCACUGCCCUCUCUGCAGGGUUUAGGGAGCAUGACGGGGGACGGAUACAGCUGCACUGUCAGCACCUGCUGCCCGGGGACACGGCUCAAGCUGGGCUUCCUGCAGCCCUCGCUGGACUUCCAGGCCUUCCGAGCUAAGCUGGCCGAGAGCAUGGUCACCCUGGAGAACUGCAGCGUAAGCGAACAGGCCCUGCAAGGCAGCGCACGAGUCAGAAACCUCAGCUUCCAGAAGAAUGUGCGCGUGCGCAUCACCUUUGACUCCUGGCACAGCUACAGGGACGUCCCCUGCAGGUACCAGCAGAAGCGCUUCGGAGGACCCCAGACCGAUAUCUUUGAAUUCGACAUAGCCAUCCCUAAAGUGCUGGAUGCCAAGAGAAAGAUAGAGUUCUGUUUAAUGUAUCUGCCUGCAGGGCACAGUGAGAUAUUCUGGGACAAUAACAACGGAGAGAAUUACAGCAUUUUAGUUUGUGUGAGCUCACAUCUCUGCCACGGGAAGAGCGAAAGGGCAUGAUUUACUCUUUUUAUCAAAUAUCCAUCUGAUAAUGUACUUUUUUAGCUCUAAAGUUAAUCUUUUGUGUUAUUUUUACCAUAUGGAAUUCUUUGUUUAAAUAAAUCUCCUCUUCCAUUUCUCA